GCCAAUUCCACACUUCCUGCAAAGGAAAAAAACACACGACCAACCACUCCCGCCCACGAAGAACAAACAAAUCAAAAACGCAUUCAAGACACACACAGAUAUAUUAUCGAAAAAACUGAAAGAGAUAGAGAGAAAGGGUCGAGAUGUCAAUCGGCCGAACACUUGGACGGCUUCCAGCCCAGCUGCAACACCAACACAUCCGGACCCUAGAGGCGUCAUUCAAGGCGGCCUCCAACCAAUUUGGUUCCUACAACUUCCGCGAAUAUUUUGGCCGGAAAUCGCGGCAAAAGUUUGAUGAACAAUUACCAAAGCUACUAGGGACCCGACAGAUCAACGACGAAACUCUGGCCCGAAUGGACCCUAAAACGAGACAGGAAUUCGACGCUUGGUGGUCGGCUUCGGUCGAUGAACUCGCGGUUAUCGAACGUGCUAGUAUCAUGAAUAGACUUUUCCUCGCCCCGAAACUCGUCGUCGAAUCCGCCCCUAGCUUUCCUGAUACUUCCGAUAACAAAUCAUCAGGAAACCUUCCCAAUGACCCUUCCGAACCCAAGAACAACACCUGAAGAAUAUCAAUUUGUAUACACACACAACAAAAAGACCUGCCUGACGAGCUGGGCGCCGCCUAUUUUUUGUUUUACCAUGGCAGAUAUUUGUAAAUAACCAAUUUAUUCAACAUCACAAUGCAUAAUUAGCUCAAUGUUCGGAUUGUCACUCAUGGAUGUUCAAGGUUGUAGGUUCAAACUCCAGGCCUACAACAACUUUCAAUUUUUGAAUUCAUAGAUAGUGAGCCCAGACAGUGCAGUAAACCACACUGGACACAGAUGAACUUGGGAGGAUUGAUUUUCUUCGCUGAUAAGUUAUAUCAACUGUGUAUCAAGCACAAUGGAAUUUUGAUGUACCAAAAUAGACACCGCUUGACACACAUUGCUUGUAAAUCGAUUCAAUAUUUUUUUGAGCAUUGUAGGUAAUUCAUGAUUGUCACACAUGCAUGCAUACCCAAAUGAUUCAACAUGAAGCAACAGAUACCUACCUCAUGGGGCCCACAAGCAGGU